AUGUCGAGCUCCAGCAUUGGCGGCGGUAUUCUGGACUACAUUCUGCUCAUCGGCGAGGGCAUUGACAAGCCUCAGCAGCAGCAGCAGCAGCAGCAGCAGCCAGAGCAACAGCCACAGCAAGCGCAACAGCACGACGAGCAACAGGCGGCUCAAGCGCCGACCACAGCCACGAGCGCGACAUCGGCAGCGCGGCACCACAAUGCAAUCACAGACAUCAUCCUGCUAUGCGAGGGUGAUCCGAUUCCGACAGGAUACGUCGCUCUGACCGACAUGCUGAGCAACGGAGCAGCUGCUGGCACGGAUGCAGACAAUGCAAAGGCACAAGGCACGCUGGACACAUCCGGAACUGCGGCGGGAACCUCCGGCGCGUCAGAUCCGUCCAACCACACCACUGAAUCCGACGACGAGACCACCGCCGCUCAACCAGCACUUGCAUUCGGGCCGCGGGGCGCGUUCGUCUGCGUCCAGCGGGGCGACACAUCCAAGCCACCCAUCACAAACAUCCUGUGCGAGGUCGUGUCGCCGCUUGGCGUGCCCGGCCUCGUCGAUCUCAAACAGAUUUCACUUGCGCAGGAAGGCAUUGCGGCCGUCGACGCGCAGAUUGCGUCGCCAACCAGCACCGAGCAUGACAUUUUGAGCCUUGUUUCCGUCAUCACCGAGCACGCUUCUGCUCUUUGCUUUGAGUGCAAAGCAGCCGUCGAUAUCAUGGCCUAUUCCAUGGCCAUCCGGCACCAGUACAUUCUGCUUGGUCGGGCUGUUGCGCGCAGUGCCACUCGUUCGGUGAAUGCCAUCAAGGCAUUUGCUACAGGACUUGCAGCCGAAAACCGUGAUCGUUCAGCUGCGGCCGUUCAAUCUCUGGCAUUCGCUGCGAAAGAGCUGUUUGAGCUGGCAUCGCGAUCGCCUGGCGCUCCGGUCGGCUAUUCCUUGGUCCGACACCCGGUUCCACUGCAACAGCACUUGCCAGCGAGCUCUGUCGUACCACCUUCGCCAUCUAUGCGACGGCCAUCGCUCAUGCCUCAAUCCUAUCCGCCCGCCAUCCUGUCGCCCAACACGCUGGCGUCGCCAAUGUCGGCUUUCACUUUCUCCCUGAAUGAUCGCCACGACCACGCCAACGAACACGAUUCAGCUUUAGGCUCAAAUUCCCUCUCGACAGUUUCGUCUUCGAUGGGACUUGCGUCCCUUCAGCAGCCAAUCUCUGCAACAUCCACUCAAGCCGCACUGGUUGCCUCGAGAAAUGAUGUUUUUGUUGCUCUGUAUGUGACCCGAGAUCCCAGUCGAGCGCCCGUCACUGAGUUUGCCGUAUGUUCACACCCGAAUCAACCUCUCACGGCACAGCAGUCGCAACAAGGAUUCGAAGUCGUGCAACGAGUCGAAUACCAAGGUGCGCGCGCUGCUGCUCGGGCGGCCGAUCUUCAAGGCGAAGCCGCCCGCGUCACGUUUGCCAUGAAGCGCGUAGCAACAUUGGCGUUUGAAACAGGCGAACCGGCGACAUCCACCGCAAAGUCUGGUGCGGAUGCGUCGGAUUUUGGCUCUGCAUCUCGGGCAACCCCAGAGGUCGAGUACUCGGUUGUGAUUCUGGACCGCUACCCAGAGAAGGACUUGCCAGACUCACCACUCCCCGUCGCUGUGCCCUACUUUUGUCUGCCCGAUGGACUCAUAUACCGGCACGAGCCCUUGCCGCCAGUGUUGAGCGCGUUUGUGCUGACUGAUUCGUUUGGCGAUCGACUCUACGGCGCCUCGCUGCUUUUCUACGAGCUGCGUCGCGACAUUGACGAGGCGGCAGCUGCUGCUGCUUCUGCCGCAGCUCAGCCUCCAAAGCCCGCGUCCCGGCCCUCCAAGGGAGGUCCCAAUUUGCUUGCGCGCGUGGUUCAAGGUUCCUCCAACGCCUUGACCCAACCCCAGCAACCAGAGGAGCCGCCAAAAUACGUGAGCAAGUGCAUCUGCAUCAUCUCCAAGUAUGCCUUCUAUGCGGCCUUCCGGAACGGACUCAAAAUGCUGCACCACAACUUGCGGCAUCCCGGCGAUAUGCCAAUCGAGCGUCUCAUUGGUCACUUGUUUGAAGUGCCAGUGCCGCCGCCGGGGCGCAUUGCUGUUCAAAUCCCCGUGGGCGAGACGAGCGCGCCGAUUGUGUUUGCGCGCCCGCACGCCAACGACUUUCCGUUUGCCGACUUUUCCAUCCUGCCCUUGUUUUUCUGCCUCAACCUCGAGAACGUUGUGCGUCUCUUUACGCUCUUGUUGUCCGAGACCAAGAUUAUUUUCCAGAGCAAGCAUUAUGCUCUCCUCAACCCAAUCGCCGAAGCACUCUGCUCGCUCAUGUUCCCUUUUCGCUGGCAAUACGUGUUCAUUCCGAUUUGCCCGCCUGUGCUGCUUGACUUUUUGCAAGCGCCGCUUCCGUACAUUGUCGGAGUGCGCACUGGCUGCUUGGACAAGAGCACUCUGCCCUCUGACGCAGUCAUUGUCGAUCUGGACAAAAACCAAAUCAUCAAGAUGCGAGGAGUGGCAUCCGCAGGUGGCAUUGCGCUCCCUUGGAAGCCCAGGCAACGGUUGCUGGAAAUGCUGCGGCGCGACAAGUGCGCUGGCAACCUGUUUCUCAAAGAUUUCUCGUCGCUGCACGAGGAUGUCGACGAGCACGCCUACUCGACCACGGCCAGUUGUCCGCCGAAAGGCCCCACAUCGUCUGCGCAGGUCCGCAUGAAGGCCAUUCGCGAAGCCUUCCUCUCCUUCUUCCUCUCCAUGUUUAGCAACUAUCGCGACUUUUUGACCAUUCCCACGGUCGAAACCAUUGCCGAGCUGGACCUGGGCAAUGUCGACAGUGUAUUUGAUCGCGAAGGGUUUCUGCAGUCGCAGCAGGCCGAAAACCGCACCUUUGUCAAGAACUUUUUGGACAAGAUGGCCUUUUCGCGCUUUGUGGAGGAGCAUCUUGACGUUUCUUCGCGCGACGACGAGCUCAUGUUCUUUGACGCGUGUGUGGAGACGUACAAAGCCACCGACGGCGAGGCAUGCGUGCCCGUGAUUGACGCCAAAGACGCCGUUCAGCGCAUCUUUCAAAUGCCGCCACCCGAAAACACUGGCUUGCCACCGAACGCAACGUAUCGGUAUCCGAGGCUCCUGUCGUUCAACCACGAGUUGUUUGCGCCACUCCGCAAGCACAUUAUCAACUUCCGAACGACACCUGCUGUUGGCGCUCUGCAGCGACGCACCAGCAUGGGUCCGUUUGACAGCAACCACGACCGAACCAAGUCGUCGUGGACGACGUUGUAUGCAGACUCUUUUCUCGACUCGGACGCUGGCGCUCAGUCUGCCGAUGGUGAGAAGGCCCCGCCGCAUACAAGCGCUCAGACGCGGAAGCGAGCUGAAUCCAGCUCUGGGCUGCUUUCGUCGACCUCAAACGCUGCGACGGCGGCUGCUGCUGGGCCGGGGUUGGCCGUGCCUGGUGCCAGCACCGCUCCGCGCUCUCGCAACGGCACCGGCUCGUCUCUUGGCUUUAUUUCGACGGGUGUCCGCCUUGGUCUCGAGGCUGUCCAUUUGGCAGCACCGCACCAAAACCACGCUACGGCGCAACAGGCCCUCGCCGAGAGCGACGCUCUGCCAGCGGCUCAGGGCUUUUUGCGCACAGUGUACAAUGUGUGGUUUAUGCUCAUGUGCCACUUUAUUCCCCAGGCUGAAUCGCCCGAGGUGGCGUUCUUGUCCACCGCAACCAUUCUCGAACGCAUGCGUCUCAAGGAUGUCACGCCUGACGAAACGACCUUCCGCGCGCUCCUCAAGGCCUGUGCGCACGCGGGCACCCUUCCCUCCCAGGCAAAGACGGUCUUCAAAAUGCUCAACAAUCACGGCAUUGCCCCCAACGCCAUCACCACCGGCUUGUUUGUGCGGGCAGUGUCGGGCCAGGGCGAGUCGCGCCACGGUGUGUCGUCGUUUGCGCGCGAUGCCACGACUGGACGCAUCAUCAACUGGUUUCACAACUUUGUUGCGCUCGACCGCAUGACCAUCGACGGCACAAACAUGUGCACGGGCUGUCGUCGGGUGGUCAGCGAUGAAGAAAUUCUGGCGGGCUGGGCGGCCACCCGAUCGGCGUUUAAAACGCGUUGUCCGCGAUGUGGUGAGGGCUUUGUCCCAACACUCAGCUGGAGGCCGUCGACGACUGUGGAGCGUGGAGAACAACCCAUUGGCGGGGCUUCGACGUCGCCUGCACCUGCCCCUGAAGGCCAUCAGCUCGAUCCUUGGCUUGCGGGCAACUGCCCGUAUUUGAGCCCUGCUGUUUUGCUGAAGGAGGUCGAAAUGCUACUCUUCCAAGACCAUGGCCGAGAUUUCCGCAAAUCACAGAGCGAACUGAUGCGGGAACAUCCAAGCACCUUUUGGAACCUGGCGUGGUACUUUGCCCACCUUCACUUGCCGUGGACGCUGCCGCAAAUCACGCGGACGUCGCUCAAGAUUAUGACGCGCUCGCCGACAUUGCUCAACUCUUACCUGGUGUACGAGCAAGCUCGCGCGAGCGCUGCUGCCACCCACAGUCCCUUGCCUGCAACCCCUCGUUUCGGCGACGCCAUGGACUCGCUUCUCAGCAGCUUCCUUGUCACUGGACCGCGUGUCCCUGGCAUGCUUCAACACCUUCGUACUACAAUGUGUGAUCCCGAACGGGAAGUCAUCCGCGUGUCGACACAGCGGCCCGACGACGGGUCGGCCAACGACGAUGCGGUCGUUGUCACGGCACCAGACGCGUCCACUGGUACUGCCUCCACAGCCGUGCGUGGAUCUGGUACCCCUGCGACGCCUGCUCCGCGUGGGUCUUUGGCGAUGCCACCCACGGCUCAGCGACCUGCCAGUCAGCAGCAGCAGCAACCACAGCAGCCACAGCAACCACAACAACAACAACAGCAGCAGCAGCCACAACAGCAGCAACCUGGCGCGCAACAGCUACCAACCAUCGUGGCCCCACCCAUGUGCCCGCGAUGGAUACACGACCAAGCCAUGUACAACCCUUCGACAGGAACGUUGGUGGUGAAUGCGCGCGUGAAUCGGGGUCGCAACCAGCUGCUGGGCUACGCGCGUGUCGUGGCGGCCACGCCAUCAUCCGUGCUGUCCAUGAAGGACGUGUCUGCGUUCAGCCAGGUCGUUGCUGACACGGUUCUGACCAUCCAAGCCGACCUCGAGCACGGGCUCCUGCUCGACGCCAUGGAUCGCUUCCUCACCGCACGCAUCGCGAACGAAAGCAAGACGGCCACGUUUGCCAGCUGGUUUUACAAGGGCAUGUACGUGUCCCUGCUGUCGCUGGCGCCGAUCGGGGCUGGCAUGGCCUUCCCGAGCGAGCGCGAGUUUGCCGAAACGUUCAAUCGCGAAAUCCACCACCUCAAGCCGAGUCUACUCGACGAGUACUAUGUUGACCAAGAUGGGCCGCCCCAGCCAUUUGUGGUGGCCUUCCGGAGCGUCUUUGACUUUUUGCGCCCCGUUCUCCGUCUUCCCUGGCAGGCCGCUGGCAACCCGCGGUCAUCCGUCGGCUGGCACCCCCUUCCCCCAGCCGGCCCCGUUGCUCCGCCGCGGCGUCGUCUGAUGCCCAUUGCCCGCGCUCUGAUGAUGGGAUUGUGACGAGUUUUCGUGUCAAAAAAAUUCAACGGUUAUUUAUUGUUUUUGGAUUUAAGAUCUAUUCGUUGCGUUUGUUU